AUGGCUACCCCGAAUGUUCUCACCUUUGACGCUGAGGGUCGGGCUGUUGACUUUGAGUCUGGUGCCUCUCCUGCCCCUGCUGCUGAUGGUGACGCCACUAUUCGCUCGCAGUGGGCCACGCGCGAUGCCGCUGCACGCCUUGCUGUGCGCCGCCACUUACCGACCGCUGAGCGCGCGCAUUUUAGUCAGUACAAGAGUGCUAAGACCUUGUACGACGCUGUAGUUGCACGCUACUCUUCCCCUGCCACUGCUGCCCUUAGCCGCCUCAUACUGCCGUACCUCUUCCCUGACCUCGCCGCUUUUCCCACAGUCGCUGACCUCAUUACGCUCCUUUGCACUAGUGACAUUCGCUACCGCGCUGCGCUUCCUGCUGAGUUCUGUGCCAAGAACCCCCCCCUUAUGUACAUCACCCUCUACUACAUAGUCACUCGGCUCCCUGACACCCUUCGCUCGGUCAGGGACCACUUCCUCUCUGUUUGCCCCACCACUCUCACCGUUGACCUCCUCGAGGAGCGCCUCCUAGCAGCAGAGAAGAGUAUAGUCGCUAUAGGAGCCUCUCGUGUUGACCCUCGUACCCCCGUCUUUGAGGGGUGCUCCCCCUCCCCCCUCUUGCCCUCUGUUGCCUCUGCUGCUGCGGCCGACCUCGUUGGUCUUGAGUCGGUCGGCGCGGCGUCUGCCCCUAGCGGGAGACGCCGCACCGGCAAGGGCAAGGGGGGCAAGGGCGCUGGAGGAGCUGGCGGGGGCGGUGGAGGCGGCGGUGGAGGCGGCGGAGGGGGUGGGGGUGGCGGUGGGAGUGGUGGCGGGGGUGGGGGCUCUAGUGGCGGCAGUGGAGGCGGCAGUGGUGGCGGUGCGAGCAGAGGUGGCGGAUGUGGAGGCGGUGGUGGAGGUAGCGGCGACGGAGUUGGAGCUGGUCGGGGCGGCUCUGCGCAGCGGGUCGGCUCCGGUGGUGGUCAGCGCCAGCAGCAGCAGCAGCGCACUCGUAAGACCCCAGCCACUCCUCUGCGCAGAGCCGCGACCAGCUCCACCGCCACCUCCGCCGCCUCCACCACCUCCGCCGCCUCCGCCACCGCCGCUGCCUCCGCUCCCUCCGCCACCACCGCCGCCUCCUUCGCCUCCACUGCUGCCACCGACACCUCCACCCCCGCCACCACUCCCACCACCACCCCCACCCCCUCCACUGCCUCCACCACCACCUCCACCGCCCCCACUGGCCCCCCCAGCGCCCUUGCCCUCCUUGCCCUUGCUGGUGCGGCGCUUCCCGCUAGGGACAGACGCAGCGCCGACCGAAUCGAAGCCAACGAGUUCGGCCGCAGCAGCAGAAGCAACAGAGGGCAAGAUGGGGGAGGGAGAACACCCCUCAAAGACGGGGGGCCCGGGCGCGCCGGAAGGAAGGGCGGCUCGGCGGCUCGGCUGGUGGGCGGCUCGGCGGCGCGGCUGCUGGGCGGCGCGGCGGCUCGGCGGCUCGGCUGCAGGGCAGCUGGGCGGCUGGGCGGCUGGGCGGCUCGGCUGCUGGGCGUCUGGGCGGCUGGGCGGCUCGGCAGCUCGGCUGCUGGGCGGCGCGGCGGUUCGGCGGCUUGGCUGCUGGGCGGCUCGGCGGCUCAGUUGUUGGGCAGCUCGGCGGCUCGGUUGUCGGGCGCCUCGGCUGCUGGGCUGCUGUCGGCGUUGAAGGUGCCGGUAGAGACGGCGACGGGGCCGUGA